AUGCAGAUGUACAUUGUCACCCUCGUCUCAUUCUUUGCCCUCUUCUUCCCGCAAGAGACUACUGCAUUAAUCGCUAGCCCAGCGGCUCGUGCAAUCGUUCCACUAUCGCAGCCCACCUUGCGGUCACUACCACACCGCGUGGAUAUUUGCGGUAACACGCCGCGGUGGAGAGCCUUGCCACGGAUACUAUUUGAAUACCACGACCUGCGAGCAUCGACCACUAUUUCUCUAACGGAGACCGCGAUAACGUCUGGUGCUGGCCCUGGGCUUGAGACUGUAGCUGCAGUUGUCUUCGCUGGCGGUAUUGCAUGCCACCGCCACAAAAGCCUGAAGGCUCCCGAGAAGAUGACCAUAGCUGUAAAGAUCAAGGCGAGGAGCCUGAUUGCGACAAUGGCGGUGGCAACAACCCCUGGGGGCUAUGUGCGAGCGGAAACCGGCAGAACUGACCCUGCGAAGAACAAAACUGCCCAAAGGAUAAAACCGCUAGUUGCCCCGCCCAAGACUGCAAUGGCAAUGACUCCAGCCUGCAAUGCACCGCCAAAGUGCUGCCCUGAAAAGCUUCCGAAAUGUCCUGCGGAUGAUUUCAAAAGCGAUGAAGAAAAAGACGAAGAUAUGUGUAAAGCAGACAAGUUCAAAGGCCGUCCAUGCAAAAAUCCUGAUUUCGAGUCAAUGGACGUCAACAUCCACGAAACCUUUCCAGCCACGAACAAUGCUGCUGCCCUCGGCACACAGGCAGCAAUAUCUCUGCAGAAACUCUGA